CUCUGCUUUCUCCUUCACUGUGCCCGAUUCAACAGAACAGAGCGUCGCCCCAGAUAUAAAGAGUCAUGGCAGAGACAGGCCUGCAGAGUGUGGUGCAGCAGGAAAACAGAACAGAAAAGAGCAAACAUGCAGAGAACAAAGACCACUGUGUGACAUGUGGGCCCCACACACACAAGGGACACGGCACAAUGGCUGUCCCUCCUGCAUACUCAGACCUGGGGAAAUCCGCCAAAGACAUCUUCAACAAGGGCUAUGGCUUUGGAGUUGUGAAGCUGGACCUGAAGACCAAGUCCCAGAGUGGCGUUGAGUUUUCCACCUCUGGCUCCAACAACACAGACACAGGGAAGUCCGGCGGCCACCUGGAGACCAAGUACAAAGUGAAGGAGCUGGGCCUUAGCUUCAACCAGAAGUGGAACACAGACAACACGCUGACCACAGAAAUCACAAUGGAGGACCAGCUGGCUAAGGGCUUGAAGCUUGCUCUGGACACAUCAUUUGUGCCCAACACUGGCAAGAAGAGCGCCAAGCUGAAGACUGGCUACAAGCGCGACUUCGUCAACGUGGGCUGCGACCUGGACUUCGACAUGGCAGGCCCUACGGUGCAUGCGGCUGCUGUGCUUGGGUACGAGGGCUGGCUGGCUGGCUACCAGAUGGCUUUUGACACUGCCAAGUCCAAACUGACCCAGAACAACUUUGCGAUGGGCUACAAGGCCGGGGACUUCCAGCUCCACACCAAUGUUAAUGACGGCACAGAGUUUGGUGGUUCCAUUUACCAAAAGGUGAACGGCAAUUUGGAGACAGCAGUCAAUCUGGCAUGGACGGCUGGUAGCAACAACACACGCUUUGGAAUUGGAGCUAAAUACCAGCUGGAUAAGGAUACCACCCUGUCUACCAAAGUCAACAAUGCUUGUCUGGUUGGGGUUGGAUACACACAAACCCUGAGGCCAGGAGUGAAGGUCACGCUAUCGGCUCUGAUUGACGGGAAGAAUUUCAACGCCGGAGGACACAAGGUCGGCAUGGGUUUCGAGCUGGAGGCGUAGGGAGUCGGGCGCAAGACGGCGAGGAGAGAAGAAGCGGCGUGGGAGAUAGAUAUGAGAAGAGCCCAAACGUAACAAAAACCUCAAAUGUCCCUUCUUCGACAAGACCGUGUCACGUCUCCCUUCCGAGUCCUACAUAACACACUCGCACGUGACCCCCCUGCCCCCCCCACGCACACGCAUGCACGUACACCACAACAGACACACA